UACUACUAUACGUAAUCUAAAUAUCAGUAUUUACAUAGUAUAUCACAGCUGUAUUCUUUUAAUCAUGUACAGUGAACCCAUUGCAUAAACUUCCAAGAGUUAAAAAGUUAUAAAAUUAGCUCUCUGUAGCUUUGCAUUCUUACAUUGUCUUACCAGGUCAGUUUAUCACGAUGCUGUUCUACAGCUGACACUUUAUUAUUUUAGGGACCCAUCUGUUUGUACUGGUUUGGGAAAAAUCACGCGCACGCACCGGAAGCAGGAAACGCCUCAGUUCGGAGAAAACGAAAGUUAUGCAGUUGUCUCUCUACACACCAAAAUGGCAGACGACAGCAUUUUAUGGUCUCAGGAACAAUUUAACUGUUCAAUCUGUCUGGAUCUACUGAAGGAUCCAGUGACCAUUCACUGUGGACACAGUUACUGUAUGAACUGUAUUACAGGCUGCUGGGAUCAGGAUGAUCAGAAGAGAGUCUACAGCUGUCCUCAGUGCAGACAGACCUUCACUCCAAGACCUGUUUUAGGUAAAAACACCAUGCUGGCUGAAGUGGUGGAGAAACUCAAGCAGACAAAACUACAAGCUGCUCGUCCUGCUCAAUGUUACACUGAAUCUGGAGAUGUGGAGUGUGACAUCUGUACUGGGGACAAAAACAAAGCCAUCAAGUCCUGUCUGGUGUGUCUGAAUUCUUACUGUCAAAAUCAUCUGGAACAACAUGAGACUUUCUUCAAAAAUAAAAAACACAAUCUAAUGGACGCCACUGGACGACUGCAGGAGAUGAUCUGCCCUCAACAUGAGAAACUACUGGAGAUUUUCUGUCGUACUGAUCAGAACUGUAUAUGUUAUCUGUGUAUGGUGGAUGAACACAAGAACCACGACACUGUAUCAGCUGCAGCAGAGAGGACUGAGAAACAGAGAAAAUUGGGUGAGAUGCAGAAAAAAUACCAGCAGAGAAUCCAGAAAAGACAGAAGGAGCUUGAGGAUCUGAGAGAGGCUGUGGAGUCUCACAAGCGCUCUGCACAGGCAGCAGUGGAGGACAGUGAGAGGAUCUUUACUGAGCUGAUCCGCUCCAUUGAGAGAAGCCGCUCUGAGGUGACACAGCUGAUCAGAGAUCAGGAAAAGGCUGCAGUGAGUCGAGCUGAAGAAAUACUGGAGCGACUGGAGCAGGAGAUUGAUGAUCUGAGGAGGAGAGAUGCUGAGCUGGAGCAGCUUUCACACACAGACCAUCAUAUCCAUUUCCUCCAGAGUUUCCAGUCUCUCUCUGUUCCUCCUGGAUCUACAGACUCAUCCAGCAUCACUGUCAGUUCUCAUCUCUCUUUUGAUGAUGUUGGUAAAUCUGUGUCUCAUCUGAGAGAGAAUCUGGAGGAGUUCUGCAGAGAGGAAAUAGAAAAGAUAUUUGGUAGAGUAACAUACAUUGUGAUCAUUCCUACCCCUGAACCCAAGACCAGGGAGGAGUUCCUUCAGUAUUCUCAUCAGCUCACUCCAGAUUCAAACACAUUGAAUAAAAAUCUCCAUCUGUCUGAGGGGAACAGAGUGAUUGAAUACACUGACACAGACCAGCUGUAUCCUGAUCAUCCAGACAGAUUUGAUUAUUAUGAACAGGUGUUGUGUAGAGAGAGUGUGUGUGGACGCUGUUACUGGGAGGUUGAGUGGAUUGAUAAGGUGGAUAUAUCAGUGUCAUAUAAGAGCAUCAGCAGGAAGGGACAGGGAGAUGAAUGUAGAUUUGGAUUUAAUGAUCAGUCCUGGAGUUUGUACUGCUCUGACUCCACAUGUUCAUUCUGGCAUAAUAACAUACAGACUGAACUCCCUGUAGAAGUCUCCAGCUCCUGUAGAAUAGGAGUGUAUGUGGAUCACAGUGCAGGAACUCUGUCCUUCUACAGCGUCUCUGACACAAUGACCCUCAUUCACAGAGUCCACACCACAUUCACUCAGCCUCUCUAUGCUGGGUUUGAGGUCAAUUCAGACUGCAAUAGGAUUAAAAUUUUAACUGUGUGAAUUAUAGAAAUUUGAGCUUCAUGAUAAAUUAGCAACUGUGAGGCAUUAAAGUCUUUUAUUUUCUAAUCAAUACUGAACUUCUCAUUAAAAUAUUAAAUAAUAAAUAAUAAAAAUCUUCUCAUAUGAUCUAAUGAUGACAGUUGUGUAUGAUAAAGUAAUUAAUGAAUAUGAAAGUUACCAAUAACAGUAAUAACACAAAUUAUAUAUUUCACUGUAGUAUGUCUUCACAUACAGAAUUAAUGAUAUUUCUGUGUCACAUUCAACAGCCUACUGUGUACAUCGCUUGGACUAAGCUGAACUGAAUUAUACCUAGCUGUAUCCCACUGCAAGUUUUUAGGUUUCACACAUGCAUAUUUUUGUACUGUAUGUGUUCUAUUCAGUAAGUGUGUCAGUAAAGGUGUGCUCUUUGAUGCCAAUA